AUAUAUAUAUAUAUAUGGUUAUGUAAAUUGUCAUAAAGCCUUGGCAUCCUCCAUUAUCGUAAGAUGCCAACGAAACAGGUAAGUUUCUGCAAUGACAAAAAGGUUGUAGUGAGGGUAUACGUUGAGAAGCCUAGGAAGAAGAGAUCAUCUUCAAUUCAACAUCAGUAUCAGAUUCAUGGCCCUAUCAGUAUGGGAUGUGGAAGAAGAGCAAGGUUGCUUAGCUAUUCUCAUCUGCUACGUGAAUCUGCAAGAGGAGCAUUAUCAGCACCUUCAUUCUCCAAGUGGGUUACAAACACCAAUCUUCAACCACCAACCCAGGGCCGUUUCCUUGUCUUGCAGAUAACCCCUUCCAACAUGAAAAAGCCAACAUGCUUUGGCAGCUGCACUUGGAAAACUACUGAUUCCGAGGUCCUGAUACUAUGGAAUGAUGCAGUUUAA